AUGGUAUCAAGAUCUUAUUUUGUCAGUACGGCAGAAAAGAUUGAGUGUUUUACACAAGAUGAAAUACAGUUUGCAUUAAAAAACAUUGAAAAUAGAAGAUAUAAAGCAGUUAAAAAUGAACGUCUUGACACACUUCUUAAACAAAUACACGUCUUUGGUGGCGAUGUUAUGGGAUCUCAACAAUCACGAACACUACUUCGAGUCAAAAUUCAUUCACUUAUAUAUAAUAUUGAUCUUCCAAGUAUAUUUAUUACUAUAAAGCCGGGUGAUGUUCAUCAUCCUAUUGCUAUAUAUUUUACGGGCGUAAACCAGAAUUUGGAUAAAAUACUUGCUGAUGAAUACCCAUCGAGAUAUGAUCGUGCACAACUGGUUGCAAUACAUCCAGUGGCUAUUGCGAAAUUCUUUGAUAAAUUAAUUCAAACAAUCAUCGAUACUCUCCUUAUUGAUUACUACGGUAUAGUAGAAAAUCAAGGACGCGAAUCGUUUCAUCUUCAUAUGUUACUCUGGAUGAAUCACAAUAUGACGCCACCACAACUUAGAUCCAGGAUUAAAGAUGAAAAUUGCCGUAAUAAUAUAAUUAGUUAUCUUGAAGAUAUUAUUAAAGAAGAUUUAGAUUGUAUCAAUCCAGUAUUUGAGCAUCUAAUUUCAGUAUCAAAAUCUGGCCUUGAUGAAACCAUCUACAUAGACAACAGAAUUAUGGCAGAUGCUUUUGAUGAAGAAAUAAAAAAUAAAUAUUUAUCUACAAGUGAUUUAGAACAACAAGUUGAAAUAAUAAUAGAAAAUAGUCCAUAUGUGCUCGUACGCCAAGUAUUUGAUAAAAAUGCAACACGAUUGAAAAAAGCUAUAUGA